AUGAUGUUUGCACUCAUUCUAGCUAACCAUUUUCCACUUCGUGUCGAGAUCACAAAUCUAAUGAUAUCUUACUACAUUGAUCUGUUUGCGAAAUCACCUACCAAUCUAAUCAAGAGUGCUGUUUCAACUACAAUAAGGCGCCCUCUUUUGAUUGUGCUUCUGAACCUAAGAUUCGAUGCUAAGACUUGGGUAAUUACGGUAUUUUCCUACGCCUAUGAUAAACUUCUUUUUGGCUCGGGUUCCGUGUUGAACUGCAUUAUGACGAAUUGGGAAAUUUCUCCGACCGUUUCAAUUGCAUCCCGCUUACGCCAUAUUAGGCUUGACCGGAUCAUGGCUCCUGCUUUCGAUUCCCUACUCGCUUUGGAAUCGCCCGGUUUCACUUCGAAACCACUGCAUCAAGCAGAUUGGUACCAAUAUAAAUCUAAUUCUUUCGUAACCAAGAUGGGAGAUAUAGAGCCCCUUCCUCAUUUAUGUCAAGAUACUCUUACGGACUUGAAACUUAGAUUUGAAGCAGGCAUCACAUUUACGCCCGCAAUCAUCCACAUCCUGGAACGAGCUGCUAAUCUGGAAGUGUUAAUACUUGUUGGCAACCGCCAUGGAAUCCGCAUCAACCACUCGGAGUGCGUACAGAAUUUACUCAAGGCCACCAACCAUGUCGAGUCAUUAUCGCUUGAUCUUGGCUACUUAAGAGCCAUUGAUCCGUUCUGGGAAAACCCUCCCUGUCCUUAUAUAAAUCCCUAUGUACGCUGUCCAAUCGCUCAUUUUAACAACAAUGGGCAAAGGCUCAUAUCCAAACUCACGAACGUACAGAACGCUCAAAGGUCAAUCACCAAAAGGGACGCGACCAACUCCAAUUGCCUUACAUUUGGAGGUUUCGCAAUCAAGAAUGCUUUCGGUGAGAUUCAUUGUCAGCACCUGCUUCUCUAG